AUGGGCAAGCAGACAAUCUACGAGACAACGUACGCGCACGCGCCGCUCAAGCUGCCGAAACUCGGGCUGUUCGAGUACCUCGUGCCGCAGCCAGGCCGGGCGCGCGCCGUGCCCGAGCAUGACCCCUCGCUGCCAGCGUACAUUGACGGGCUGGACGGCCGCGUCCUCUCCCGCGCCGACAUUGUCGACGGCGCGCUGCGCCUCGUCACUGGCCUGCGCGGGCUCGGCAUCAAGCGCGGGGACACGGCAUGCCUCUGGGGCCUGAACAGCCUCGAGUGGGUGCAGGCAGCGUACGGCCUCAUGGCGGCUGGCGUGACGAUCUCGCCGGCCAACGCGGCAUACGCACCGCACGAGAUCGCGUACCAGGUCAACAACUCGGACUCGCAGAUCAUCUUCCUCCACCCCGACCUGCUGCCCGUGUUCGACAAGGCGCGCGAGGAGCUCCAGCUGCCGUUCAAGGCCGACCGUGUCGUGCUCCUCACGCCUGCGUCGCGCCGUAAGCCAGAACACAAGGCGUACAAGACGGUGCACGAGCUCUUCGGUGCGCCGAGCAAGGCCGAGCGCUUCGACGGCGAUCAGGUGUUCGACACCCAGUGGCUGUGCUACUCGUCCGGCACGACAGGCUUCCCCAAGGGCGUGAUGACGACGCACAACAACAUGACGAGCCAGCUCGAGGCCGUCGAGGCGAGCUACGGCCAGUUCGCGACGGGCAAGAACGACGUCGUGCUGGGAUUCCUGCCUAUGAGCCACAUCUACGGCCUGACGAUGGUGCUCCUCCAGCCGUGGAUCGCCGGCAUCCCCGUCGUCGUCCUGCCGCGAUUCGAGGAGGUCGCCGCGCUCAACGCUAUCCAGAAGUACAAGGUCACACACGCGCUCGUCGUCCCGCCUGUCAUCAUCUUGCUCCUCCACUCGGCCAACGUGCCAAAGUACGACCUGUCGUCGCUCAAGACGCUCAUGUGCGGCGCCGCGCCGCUCAGCGGCGAGCUGCACGCAAUGUUUACGGCCAAGAUGCCCGCCAUCAAGCUCACGCAGGGGUACGGCAUGACCGAGUGCACGCCCGUGGUUCACGCGACGCCGUGGAACGAGUCGGAGGGCCGCGGCGCGUGGACGGGCCGCCUGAUCCCCACGUACCAGGCGCGCCUGGUCAAGGAGGACGGCGAGGACGCGGCCGAGGGCGAGCGCGGCGAGCUGUGGGUCCGCGGGCCGAGCGUCAUGAAGGGCUACCACAAGAACCCCGAGGCGACGGAGAAGACCAUGGCCCCGGGUGGGUGGUACAAGACGGGCGAUGUCUUGAUUGUCGACGAUGUCGGGUUCUACAUGGUCGUCGACCGCCUGAAAGAGCUCAUCAAGUACAAGGGCUUCCAGGUGCCCCCAGCCGAGCUCGAGGCGCUGCUCCUUUCGCACCCCAAGAUUGUGGACGCGGGUGUAGUUGGCGUGUGGGACGAGUCGCAGGCGACGGAGCUGCCGCGCGGCUACAUUGUCCCCGCACCCUCGGCCAACGCGACGACCGAGGCCGCACGCCACGCCCUCCGGCGCGAGGUCGACGCGUGGGUCGCGGCCCGCGUGGCCCCACACAAGCGGCUGCGCGGUGGCGUGGUGCUCGUCGACGCGAUCCCCAAGUCGCCGAGCGGCAAGAUCUUGCGCAAGGAUCUGCGCGCUCGGGCGACGCAGGAGUUUGAGGGCGAAAAGGCCGAGGCGAAGUUGUAA